AUGCCAGCCCCCGCGAGCCCUGCGAGCCGUCCGAGGGCUCUGUGCUCUGCUGUGGCCCCCGUCCGUCGACGGUGCCACGUGGCGCCGCUGGUGGCGUUCAGUGGUGGGCUGAAUCUGGGCAAUGCUGACACCUGGGCAGUGUCGCCCCCGGCCUUGGCCAGCACUUGGAGUGGCAUGGUCUUUGGGAUUGAGCUGGUUAGCCAGGUGCACAGGGCAGGUUUCACUUCGCUGGGGCAACUUGCGCUGGCGGCCCCACCCAGUGCAGUGGACGGUGGCUCAGCCCCGGAGUCCGAGUCCGAGUGGCCCUUCACUCUGAAGGCCACGUCCUUGGGCGCCUUGAGGGAGCGCCUGGGCCUGGAAGUCGAAGCCUUGAUAUGUUUGGAUGUCCGGAUCGGCGGAAGCUGCCCUUUGCUGGGCCGCUCCGAUCCCAAUAGGGCACGGGGUGGUUUGCUUUUCGGGGAGGUUCUUAGCGUGGCCACGUUCAUAUUCAACAAUUUCGACGAGCGCGGGCCCAUGGCGUGCACAGUGGCGACGGUGAACAUGCUAUCAGCUGCCGAAACUGUUAGACCUGACGUGCCGCCUGCCAUCUACCCAGAUACCGGAGAUCUGCUGGAGAUCUGCCAGAUUGCAAAGAACGGCAGAGGACCCACGCUCCCUCCAGCAGAGCGACAGCCUUCAAACAUGACUGUCAUGGACGUUGGACGUGCCGCCACAUACGGGGCGAUCAAUAGCUCCCCCACGAUCUCAACAUUGACGCUUCUCUCCGGAAAGCAUGAGACACUCCAGGCAGAGCUGCAGAAGACAGUAGACGCCUUGGUGGAGAUGAACCCUGUGCUCUCUGGACGCGUUUGGCAGAAGGACGGCCGCGUACUGCUGGAACCGAAGGCGCACAAGGAGUUCCUCCGUGUAUACCCGAUGGCUUCCUCGGAAGCCGCCCCUGUGUUGGAGGGCUUGGACCUGAAGGCCAAGAUCCGCCUGCUCCAGUCGUUGGAGGGUUCCCUUUGUUCCCCUAUGGAUGGGCGCUUCACACUGGGGCAUGGAAGCCAGGUCUUCUUGGUCGAGUUGAUGGCCGGGAAGGAUACGUGUGUGGUGGCCGUGCACCUGUCGCACAUCGUCGGUGACAUCAAGACCCUCUACGAGUUGGUAGGACAGAUGAACGCGCUGAUGCGCGGCGAGACGCCUUUGCCACUUGUCUGGGACAGCGACUGGAGGCUCAGCUUCGACCUCUUCCCAGACUCGGUUUCGGAGAAAGACCGAAAGAACCUGCGCUGGGGCAUCUUGGGCUGGCUUUGCCAGAAGCUCUGUGGCCCCAGGCGAAACUGCAGCGUCUCGGUUUUCUCGAAGGCGCAGCUCGUGGAGAAGAAGCGCGAGCUCCAGACAGGAGCCGAGAAGCUCUCCAGCAACGACGUGCUCUGCGCGGCGCUCUCGCGGGCCAUCCGAGGCUCCGAGAUCAUGAACCUAGCCGUGAACCUGCGAAAGAAAGCCGAGCAGCACCGGAUUGCCGGCAAUUUCUGGCAGACGGUGGCCCUGGACCACGAUGCUGCCAAGGACCCCAACAUAAUCCGGAAGCACUUACCCAAGUUGCAGUUCUUCAAGACUGAUGGGAUGCCCUUCUGGCCUUAUGCCCUGGGCCGCUACAGCUUUGUCACGAAUUGGACGGCUUGCACGUGCCAGCUGUCCAUCCCCGGACUCGACGUGCACUGUCACCUCCCCCACUCCAACUUCCUCAAGGAAGAGUUGAUCGAGAGUGAGAGCUGUAAAGAAGGUGCCGCCAUCGAACUUGGACACGACGGGCCUCUUGGGCAGGGCGCUGAGACCUUGUCAUCCGCCUUUGUUUCUGCCGCUGUCGGCCUCACCGGAGCUCCUCCGAGGUGGGAAGAUUUCGUUUUGAGACUGCGUGAAAUGGAUCCGAUCAAGUCUAGGCCGGAGAGCUGGCCAAGUGGCAAGACCAUCAAAUGCCACCAAGAGGUGUCCAAGCCAGGAUUUGAAAGGCUAGAUCGCCUCUGGCGCACGAUCCAAGAGCGGAAGGUGCAGGCCCAGGAUGCCGGCCGCUCCUGGACGGCGCGCCUGCUCGCCAAAGGCCCCGACAAGUGUGCACAGAAGGUUGGUGAGGAGGCCACGGAGGUCUGCAUCGAGGCCGCCGCCCGAAGACCCGGAGGCGUGGUAAAGGAGUCAGCCGACCUGCUCUUCCAUCUUCUGGUUCUAUGGGCGUCGAUGGGGAUCGAGCCCAAAGAAGUGCUCGAGGAGCUGGCCAGGAGGGAGGGGAUCAGCGGCGUGGAGGAGAAGGAGUCGCGGAGCCGAUGA